AUGAAUAAGUUGACGAAUCAAACAACUUAAGUACUUUUCAAUUUUAUUGAAAAAUAAAUAAUAUAUUAUAUAGUCCAGUAUGGAUGAAAUUUAUAAUAAAAUUACUAACCCUGAUGAGUGGGGUGUAGACGAUAAUGAAACAAGUGAAAUUCAAAAAUUUUAUGAAAAUGAAAGUAUUUUUUUAACUGGAUGUACUGGCUUUGUUGGUAAAAGUAUUGUUGAAAAAUUAUUACGAUCAUGUCCAGGUUUAAAAAAAAUAUAUCUUUUAGUUAGACCAAAAAAAAUUUCAGCUAAAGAUAGAAUUGAUAAAUAUUUUAAUGACUCAAUUUUUAAUGAGCUUCGUAAAUUACGAAAAAAUUUUACAUCAAAAGUUGUGUGGUUUGAAGGAAGUUUAGAGAGUGAAAAUUUAGGUUUAUCUGAUGAAGAUAAAUGUGUUAUUAUAAAUGAAGCAACAAUAUUCAUUCAUAAUGCAUCAAAUGUUAAAUUUGAAUUGCGAAUAUCUGAUUCACUUAGUUGUAAUGUGUUUGGUACUAAAAAUAUGCUUGACCUGGCAAGUCAAUGUAAAUAUAUUAAAGCAUUUGUUUAUGUAUCAACAGCAUAUUCUCAUUGUUAUCAUGAUGAUAUAUAUGAAAAGUGCUAUCCACCACCAGGUGAUUUAAAAUUAAUUCAAAAUUGCAUUGAUACUGAUCGUUCAACACCUGAUGGUAUGUCAUCAACGGCAAUUAAAGAAUUAAUUGCACCUUGGCCAAACAUGUAUCUCUUUGGAAAAUCAACUGCUGAAAGUUUGGUUGAACAAUAUGCAAAAAAUGUUGAUUUUCGCUGUACAAUAUUUCGUCCAUCAAUUAUAUUGGGAAGUUAUCAAGAGCCUACACCUGGAUGGAGUGAUGGAAAUUUCAAUGGGCCAACUUUGGUAUUUCUUGGAGUUGGUCUUGGGUUUAUUCACGUUACUAUAUUGACACACCAAAUUCUAUCGAUUUAAUACCUGUUGAUAUGUGCACAAAUGCGUUACUUGCAACCACUUGGGAUGCUGUUGUUAAUCAAAAAGAACGAGAAAAAGUAUUUGUAUAUAAUUAUGGAAGUUCAGUUGUCAAUGUCAUGUCAUUCCUUAAGCUUAAAGAUUUAUUGUAUGAUAGAGGUGUUGAUUUUCCUUCAAUUAAAAUGGUUGCUCCAUAUUUUUUAUAUGCUACAAAAUCAAUGACAUUGUUUGUCAUAGCAAAUAUACUAUUUCAUUUGAUACCAGCUAUUUUUGCUGACCUUGCAUUGUUAGCAACUCGACGAAAACCAAUGCUUUUAAAAAUAGUAUACAAAGCAAUACAAUGGUUUCUGAUUCUACGUUUUUUUGCAUUUAAAAAAAAAAUAAGAAUACAUGUUAAUGAAACUU